CUCAGGUCGCAUUGCCUGCGCGUUGGGUGUUUAGUCUUUAGGCGAAAGUCGUAACGUACGGUUUAGCCUGUCUGUCACGGUUUUUCUAACCAUUUAAUCGGAGUAGAAUUUAAUGUUCCGAAAAAACGAUAACCUUUUGUCAAUCGCGAAAUUCAAUCAAUUUCACUUUUUCUUCAAAUCUCCUGAGGAACCAUUUGGACACUAUUUUUGCCGAAACAUUUGUUGAGAACAAGAAAUCGUUUGUCAUCUCUUGUUUGUUAGUGGAUUAUUUGGAUUGCAUUUGUGGAUUUGCAUUAUUUGGAAUAUAUAUAUAGUGAUUUUGGAUUAUUACAAGUGUUAAAAAGUGGAAAUUAAGUGAAAACUUGAGAGAGGAGUUUACUAAUUCGUGAGGACACACGUAGAAUGCAAAGUGGAAUUUAAAUUGGACGCUUGUCCAACACGAGGGACAAGUGCAUAGUGAAGUGAGUGACAGAGUGAGUGCUUGUCAGUACUGUGUGUUUGGAGGUUCAUUUCUUAAGGAACAUCAGUGCUCUGUUGGAGACGUUAACCCUGGAAAAAAAAGUACCGAUAAACCAGAAAGCGUCGCGUCGCGAGUGAUGCUGUGAACUGGUUUGAAACUCAAGAGGAAAAUGAAGAAUUUGGUGGAGUAUUUUAUUUUCGGUUUUCUUUUACUGAUCCUUGGCUCGGAUUAUGGAGCCGCAUUUGAGUGGCAGCACAGCGCUGUCCUUGAUAACAAUUUUCUUGUCUUGUGGACGCCUGGCGAAAGGGAUGUGACCUUCGAGGUCCAGGUGAAAACACUCGGUUACGUGGGUUUAGGAUUCACGAGAGAUGACCGACGUGCUGGCACUGAUAUGGUCAUCGGUUGGGUUGAUAACAACGGUCAGGUUCAUCUUCAGGAUCGACAUGUCAAGGACGCUACUAGAGAUCCGCAAAUGGAUUCGAGUCAGGAUUAUAAUCUCCAGCUGGGCUAUGAGAAUAAAACGCAUACGGUUUUGCGUUUCAGUCGACAGUACGAUACUUGCGACCCUCGUGACCUCAAGAUUACGAAUGACACAAUGCAAGUCGUUUGGCAGUACAAUGCGGACGAGCCAGUAUCCGCAGCUGGUGUUCUUCCCGCUCAUGGAGCCGUUCGAGGGUCGCGACCUCUUUACUUGGUACAGAGGGACGCUCAACCCAAACGCACUUCUCGGAACUAUGAGAAUGAUCCAGCACUUCAGGUGUGGGAUGUCUUGAAUCAUCAGGUUCGCUUACCAACGGAGCAAGAUACUCUACUUUGGUGUCGAGUUCUCAAGAUGCCGAACAUUCACCAUAAACAUCAUGUAGUAAGAUACGAGCCCGUCAUUCAGCCCGGCAACCAAGAGUACCUGCACCACAUGACGUUGUACGAGUGUCGAGGCAAUCAGACUGAAUUGGAGGCUGCUGCAAGGACCACCGGAGGAGUCUGCUACCAACCUGAUCAACCCACUCCCAAGUGCAGUACUAUAGCAGCUACUUGGAGUCUCGGUUCUGAGGGCUUUAAUUACCCACCUGAGGCAGGAUACGCUCUGGACCCGCAUACUGGACCUCGUUUCUACAUGUUGGAGACUCUCUAUGUCAAUCCAAGGCGGGAUGCCUUCAUUAACGACAACUCGGGACUACGUUUUCUGCACUCGGAGAAACUGAGAACCCACGAUGCCGGUGUACUCAGUAUAGGUAUCGAUCCUAAUUGGCGUCACAUCAUACCACCAGGCCAAUCGGAAGUCGUUUCCGAGGGACAUUGUAUUACUGAAUGCACGGGACAAACCAUCCCUAAUAAUGGAAUCAAUAUGUUUGCGGUCAUCAUGCACACGCACGAACUUGGCAAAAAGGUCAAGCUCAGGCAGAUCCGAGGAGGCGAAGAGAUGACACCAAUCGCUGCUGAUGGCAACUACGAUCCCAAGUAUCAGGAAUACCGAAGACUUCAACGUCCUGCCAAAGUUUAUCCGGGCGACCAUUUGAUAGCGGAAUGUACAUACUCGUCCGAAUCGAGAGGUGUAAUCACUUUAGGUGGAUUGACAACAAGAGAAGAGACCUGUCUCGUCUCUGCGCUCUACUAUCCACGCAUCGACUUGUCUCUUUGCUACUCGUUGCCAUCUCUACCAACCGUUCUUCACAGUCUAGGAAUUCAAAAGCUGAUAGAUGGUUCGGGUCCGGUGAAGAUUCAAGAGCCCCCUGAGUUGACUGGAAUGACCCUGGAGGAACGCUUAUUGAGCUACGAUUGGCAGAAGAGCUUUAAGAGCUUCCAAGAUGCCACUAAAAGGGGAACGUUCAAGCCUCUUUGUUCCAACAGUAAAGGGGUUGCCCUGCCAGGAAUGAAGGUGGAGUCUCAUUAUCCUCGGAUUUUGAAGACCUAUGAAGAAAGUACAUUGCCCUGUUCGAAAAAGCCAGUUAGAAAUAGAUUUUCCAUGAUGUUUAGUGGAGAUGGAGAUAUUGGGACGCCAAGCGAUUCUGAGGGCGAUGAAUCGAAUGCGGUUGAACGUGGACAAUUAGUUCGUAAUAAAGUGUCCCGCAGUAGUGAAGGUCCAAUGGCCGGAAGUUCCGGGGUAAAAUCAGUGUCUAUCGCGUUACUGGUGGCGGCAAUGGUUUUUGCCUUCAGGUGAAGGACAAUGAAACAUGUGUGUGUGUGUCAGUGAGUUUUUUUAAAGUUGAAAGAAGAAUUCUGUCUGAUAAAGACUUUUAACGGAGACGCUUAUGUGAGUACCACAAGUCGAUGGUAAUGUGUCUAACGGGUAUUUAGAAUAUUUCAGAGUUCUCUUUUUCGUAAUUGGAAGUUUGAAAUUGAAUAUCUGAAAGAUUAUUAACGAAAGGACAUAAUAAGGGGGAGGCGUAGAUCUUGGAUCCUCUUUAGAAGAGGCCAAGAUACACAUAGGCUGUUUAUUUGCCGAAUGGAAGUCGUGCAAAUCUUUUUCUAAAUGUGAAUGAAUUAUUUUCUGCUUUAGUCAAGGGGGAUUCUUUGAGAAUUUGCACGACUUUCACUACGGAAAUUGUAUAUUUUGUUAAUUAGAACUUUUUUGUGAAAGUUAUAAGAGCGUGGUCUACUUACCGGGGAGAGGGAAAAAUGCUUCCUCGCGAACCUCACGUUGAAUAGUCGACGAAGUACUGAUUUAAUUUAUAAGUCGUACCCUGAGUAUUUAGAUUAUCGCUCGUUAUGACUUGUAUUAUUCUGUACAGUUUUUAUACAUAGCGAUAUCUCUUCGUUGUUUCAAACGGGGAGAGUAAUUAUUUAUUAUUAUUUAAAAGAGAGAUUAUUUUCAAUGUUGAUAUUGCUUUGUGCACGAGAUAAACAUUCUAUAUAAGUUUUGGAAGUUGCUUUUACUUCUGUCUCUCGAGCCUGCGUCGGGAUCAAUAAUUUCAAAAAUCAACUCAAGAAACCUUGUCAAAAGAAUUAGAAUUUAAUUUUAUUCGAUUAAAAUUUAAGGUCUGAAUCAUGUAAAUCUUCUCCUUUUAGAAGAGUUUUGCCGUGAAAGAGCUUUCGAGACAAAUUACAUUUUUGAUGUUAGACUGAGCCCAUGAGAAAGUGGAAUUGAAUAUCCGAGAGACGAUAAAAGGUUCCCUUCUAGAGCAUAGCGUUUCACCUAGCCGACUAAUCGAUAUUAAUAUGUCGUGUAGUAAUAUUUUACAAUUUAAUACGAUCAUUAUUCAUAAAUGUCAUAGAACAUCUGUGUGUGUAGUAGGGUAGGGCAAACUUAAUGCAAAUCAAAAGCUAAAAUUGAACGCAACGUCUCGAUAUUCUAAUAAAGUUUGCUUUGCAACAAAAAACACGUUAUUGGCGCUUUUAUAAAUUUUCAAAUUUUUAUACAGCUUACAAAUUUUACAUUCAUUUGUAAUUCAUCAAUUACCGAAGGCCAAACGGACUUUUAACCGAUUUAUAAAUCUUUUAACCAUGGUCGGCUAACAAAUUUGUUUAUUCAAAGUCAGUAAUUUCACCUACAUCGAAUUAAUUUUCGACUUUUCAUGUUCAAGUUAAAGCCCGAGUUAGCGACAAAUUGAAACUUCUCGUUUUCGCUAAAGUAAUUCGAUGGUGAUACAGAUAAGAUUUAUUCUAUCAAUGUAAAAAGUCGCCAGGUGAGAGCGACAGAGUGGGUACUAGGCAAACUACCGGUGAUAAGAAAAGAAUAAUCAACAAAAGUGUCAUGAUCGCAUGUCACUUAAAUAAUUGAAAUUACUUUGUAGAUAGACAAAAAAAUAUGUUUAUUGUAUUUCAACGAUUUUGAAUCACGUGAAUGUUAGUUUAUUCUUUAUAUGUCAUUUCCUGUUCUCGAUACACUGUUCCCUCAUUAUGUAAUUCCCAGUGAUGAUGAUGAUAAUAAUGAUGAAAAAAAGAAGAAAAUGAUGCUAGUCAGAGAUAAGCUCAGCUUUUCCAAUAUCUUCUAUUUUGUGUUUUUAUUUUUAAAUUUUCAAGAAUUAUUAACAAAAAAAUGUUUUUCACUCUACUUUACUUAAGAUGAAAAUGUAACUUUUUUAUACCAAAUUUUCUCGCCGCUUGAUUCGCUAAAACGGUACAAAGAUCAAAAGAUCAAACGCAUUUUUCCCAGAAUAGAUUUAAAAUUCUCUGCCACAUAUCAAAUGGAUUUAAAGUCAGUUUUGCAUAUUCACUUUGCCAAAAAUAGUUAGAAUUCCGAGAAAUUGCGCCGUAUUUGAAAACGUCGAUGACUUUUGGUAUUAAGGAAAAAUUUAUUACCUGGCAGAGAUGAAACUCAUUGGCAAAAAUAGAUAUAAAUAUAGACUCGUUUUGGGAGAAGUGCAUCGAGAGCAGAAAAAAAACCGUCACGGUAUGUAUUGUAUGUAGAAGUUUUUUAGGGAUCAGUGAAUGUUACCGCAUUGCUGUUAAUGUGGAACGUUUGUGAGCCGGAUCGCAAUGCAUAUGUUGAAUGAGAAAGAAGAAAAGGAAGUGAGAAAAAAGAGAGAGAGCGCAUGAGUGUGUGUGCGUAUGAAUGAAUGAAAAAAAGAGAGGACAGAGAGAGAGAGAGAGGGGGAGAAUGCGUGUAUAUAGCAAGAGUACUGUACAUAGUCAUAGUUUUAUGUAUACACAUCCGAUAGUCCUAAAGGUACGUCCACAUACCUAAAUCAAGUGAAUAGAUUCUUUGUAGCUCUAUCGUUUAUGUAUUCAUGUACCAAACGCCCUGUCCUUCCAGAAAAAAAGAAGAUGAAAAACUUGUCUUAGAUUUAUACUGAUCUAAUUUACACCUAACGUUUACAACUAAGACGCCACACUAUCAUCUACACUGUAACAAAUUGUAUUAUAUUUUAUAUAUAUAUAAAUAUGUAAAUGUUUUUUCUAAA